CAAAAAUGGUUUGAUCAGAUUUGAAGUUAAUAUAUGACAUUUUUUCACAAAAUGGUUUGUUGUACUUUCAAAAUUGUUGUACUCAUGCUGACAAUUGUAACAAAAAUAACUUUUCUUUUUUCUCUCUGAAAAACGGUGCAGCUUAAAGAUACAAUUUUAACAACUAAAACCAAAUUAUUCUGAAACCCAAUUUGCAUAUUGAACAGCUAUCCGAAUCGAAUCAGAACUUACAUAUCUUUGGUAACAAUUCAGCGACAACACAAAAGUCAUCAUGAGUUUUAGUAAAUUUGCUGGUUCCGCGAUUGAACAGAACGCGGGUAGAAUACGUGACAUUGACAAAUGGGACCCAACGGAUAAAGAGAGGAAGUGGCUUCUAAUAUCAGGUGCAAGUGAGCCUCCUAAUUAUAUCCAGCUGUCCGAAAUCGGGGAGCGUGAGACGAGAGGAGAAAGGCGGGACUUAUUUCUCAAAGGUCAAAGUGUGGAUUUCGUGAACAUGGAGAGAGCUGUUGGUCAUCAUCUCUACAACAGAGUGCAAAAUCUGCACAUGAGAAAAGAAGAUGUGAAAUCAAGCGUUCAAAAGUUUUUCCAGCAUUGCAAAGAGAAAAAAUACAAGCCAAUGCUAUAUUACACUGGCCAUGGGGAGAUGCCAACUGGAAACUGGUGUCUGGCAGACGGUACAGUUGGAAUAGAAGAGAUCUUCGAUUGGAUCCCAACUGGCAUGGAACCCCCAACUAUCUGCACAGACUCUUGUUUCGGAGGUGUGUGGGCUGAUUUCUGCAUUAGAAAGAAUAUCCCAGGAUUUCACUGCCUCUCUGCGACGGAGGCUGACCAGGCUGCUUAUGAUCACACUGAUGGAGGAGGUGAACUGACACACUACAUGACGGGUAAUGAGAGUAAACCUGAAGAUCAGCGACCUUCUACUGAGCCAAUGUUCAGCAGAGGAAACUACGCUGAAUUCCCUACACUUGUAAAAUACUGCAAAACUAAUUACGUAGACUUCAUCAGAUUUCAUACGUACAAUAACCAACAGACUUUGAUAUCACAGAGUGUACAUGAUAACAACAUGUUCGCUAUAUUCGGUCAUCACAAAAAGUACAACACAAGGAAGAAGCAGUUUUGGGUUAGCUCCUCGUUCAAAGAAGUAAAGGAACAAGUAAAAAUUCACAGCAAGGCAGGCAUGAAUAUUUUCUCACUUGCAGCUGAUCAAGAAACGGGAAAGUUUUACGUUUAUAUGAUGGAAGAUUUUUGCAAGGCUCAGUCCAUUAUGCAAACUGAAGAUCCCGAAGAUCUUUUUUUGUCUGGUCUGUCUGUGACUAGUGUCACUUGCCUCAAUAAAAAAUACAUUUUCGUAGUAACUGCCGGUGCGAGCCAAUAUGAGAAUAAAGAACAAGUGAUAUUCACAAAGAGCAACAGGUCGGAUCUAGAUACUGAAAUUAAAAAGCAGAGGUCAGAAGGAAAAGUGAUUACCUCUUUUUGUAUUAAUCACGAGUUGAGUGAGUACCUGGUAGUGAUGACUGAGAUGGAAGGGUGCGAGCAGGCGAGUGGAUGGUUCAAUAUUAGAAUUAAUGAUGGAAGCAGGGAGCGUAACAAAUGGGCAGAGCCUCAUGUGAGAAGAAAUCUAUUGUACGCAAUAGCGUGUGAGGAUUUUUCAGAUCAUCAAACCUUCUAUAUUAUGACUUCGGAUGAGGAUAGAAAUGGAUCUCUACUCAGAGGUACAUCCUUCUUCAGCUGAGUGUUACAUCAACAUGACCUUCUUCUGACGAGUAUAAUUUAUCUUAAUCAAUUUCUUAAUUGAUAUUUAUUUUGACCCAAAGCUAUUAUACCAACUAUUUGUUUCAGUGAGUUAACUGCUUCACAUCUUGUGCACCACAAUACAACAGUGAACUUUAAAAUCGAUCGUUUCAAUGCUGGAACAAUUUUUGCUGUAAAUAAUUGUUGAAAUAAAAACUGCUUUCAAUUUGGAAAAAAGUGCUUUGUGCAGAUAUUGCGAUUACUGAGUUUUUAAACAAAAGCAGAAGAUAUAGCAAAAUUAUUAUCCGUUAUUUUUAACACCCUUUAUUAGAAGUAUAGAUUAGUUUCAUUAAAUCAAUAUUUUUAUCCUAACAUUUUUUCAGACAAGCAGUUUGCAUUAACUAUAUAACUAAUUUCUCAAAUCAAUCAGAGCUUGAUUUAAUCCUAUACAAUUAGUGAAAAAUAAAAUUAUGCUUAAGCACGCAUUUGUAAAAAGAUUCAAACCCAAUCAAGCGAAAACUUGCUUUAGCCGAUACUUAUUUUCUCUAUAAAAAUAUUAG